CUAGAUGAGGAGGGAGACGGGCCAAUCAGAGAGACUCUCUCUGGGAGGUGUCAUUCAUGAAUUGAUACUUCUAUUUGUUCAGCAGAAAACGCGUUUAUCUUUGUUUCAAUAUCUUCUCCUAAACUUAGGAUCGAUUUCAGAUAUGUUGCAGAGUUUGUUUUGAUCUUUUCUACUUCGAAAUUUUUUGGUGUAUUUGAUCUGGGUAUUUUAAGGCGUUGAAGAAUCUGGUUUGGGGAAAAAAAAGUUUCCAUCUUUUUUGAACUUUGUGGAGGAAGAUCAUCUUUGAAUUUAGUAUAUUGCAUAAAGGUGAUAACUUGAGAAGUAUAGAUGAUAAUAGAUUCAGAGUUUACUAGGUUCUCCAGUUCAAUGGACGGUUUCAAUUCUUAUCAUGAUAAUGGUUUUCCCAAUUCGAUUGAGUACCCGAAUUUUGCAAAUGGGGUUGAAUUCGAUUUCAAUGGUCCUUUAGAUAUGAGAUUUGAGGAUAAUCCAUUUGUACCGCCAGAACCAGACUCUGGCUUUUCUGCUAAUUCAUCUAGUCCAAGUUUGGAGGGAGAGUCUUCUUCUCCUUCUGAUGAUAAUGACUUCUCUGCUACUUUUAAGUACAUCAGUGAGAUGCUUAUGGAAGAUGACAUGGAGGAGAAGCCGUGUAUGUUCAAUGAUCCGUUGGCUCUCCAAGCCACAGAAAAAAACUUAUAUGAAAUAAUUGGUCAAAAGUACCCUGAUUCUUCUGAUCAACCCGCUCCUAAUGUUGAGAUUCCAGAUGAUUAUUAUCCAAGUUGUGUUAGUGAUCAUGGUAGUAACAGCAGCCCUAGUUCUGAUACUAGCCACUUGGUUAAUCCUUUUUUGAGUGUUGAUCAUGGAGAAUUCAAAAACUCCUGGUUAGAUAAACCUAUUCCCAGUAACUUUGUGUUUCUGUCCACUUCAAAGUCUAGCUCUCCGUCGUCAGGGAGCUUUCAAAAUGGCUUUGCUAAUAAUGGUAACCGGUUUAUGCUGUCUCCUGUUAGUGAGCUGCUGGUGCCAAACUUGUUUAGUGAGAGUGAAUUGGUAUCACAAUUCAAGAAAGGCGCAGAGGAAGCUAGUAAGUUCCUUCCUAGAGAUACUAAACUGGUUGUUGAUCUAAAUAGCAAAAAUUUUGCCCCAGAAUGGAAGGAAAAGGCUCCAAUGGCAGUCGUGAAGUCAGAGAAGGAUGAGAUAGAGCAUUGGCCUAUUGGGUUCAGGGGAAAAAAGAAUCAUGAGCGGGAAGAUUCAGAUUUAGAAGAAGAGAGGAGUAACAAACAAUCAGCAGUUUAUAUUGAUGACACUGAGCUAUCAGAGAUGUUUGAUAAGAUUGUUGUCUGCCGUUGCCAGAAUAAGUUUUCAAGGGUUGCUCCUGAUAAGACAAGGCAGCGUAAUGGGGAAACAAGUGGAUCUAACGUUGAGAAGAAUCAUGCUCAGAAACAUGGCAAUACGAAAGAAACAGUAGAUUUGAGAGGUCUACUCAUUAUAUGUGCACAAGCAGUCUCAGCUGAUGAUCGUAAGACUGCUGGUGAACAACUGAAGCAGAUUAGACAACACUCUUCACCUCUUGGGGAUGGAACUCAGAGGUUGGCUUACUGCUUUGCCAAUAGCCUUGAAGCACGCCUUGCCGGCACUGGAUCCCAGGUCUGUACUGUUCUCUCCUCUGAAAAAAGAUCAGCUCUUGAUAUGUUGAAAGCUCAUCAAGUUUAUCUUGAGGCCUGUCCGUUCAACAAGAUCGCAAUCAUCUUUGCAAACCAUACAUACUUGGAAUUAGCUGAGAAAGCAACAACACUGCAUAUCAUCGAUUUUGGUAUUUUAUAUGGUUUCCAGUGGCCUGCUCUUAUUUUUCGUCUUGCAAAAAGAUCUGGUGGACCUCCCAAGCUGCGCAUUACUGGGAUAGAGCUUCCUCAACGUGGUUUCAGGCCAGCUGAAAGAGUCCAGCAGACAGGGCGCCGCUUGGCAAAAUACUGUGAGCGCCUUAAUGUUCCAUUUGAAUACAAUGCCAUAGCACAGAAAUGGGAAAGCAUUAAAGUUGAAGACCUCAAAAUUAGAAGCAAUGAGGUUGUUGCAGUGAAUUGUUUGUUCCGAUUUAAGAACCUGCUUGACGAGACAGUUGUGGUGAAUAGUCCAAAGAAUGCUGUUUUAAACUUAAUUAAGAAGGUAAAGCCUACUAUUUUUAUCCAUGCUGUUGUGAAUGGAUCCUACAAUGCCCCUUUCUUUGUCACACGGUUUCGCGAGGCACUCUUCCAUUAUUCUGCAUUGUUUGACAUGUGGGAUACAAAUAUUGACCCUGAAGAUCAGAUGAGGUUGAUGUAUGAGAAAGAAUUUUAUGGGCGGGAGGUGAUGAACGUUAUAGCGUGUGAGGGCUUGGAAAGGGUUGAGAGACCUGAGACAUACAAACAGUGGCAGGUGCGAACCAUGAGGGCGGGAUUCAGGCAGCUUCAAUUGGAUCCCGAACUCCUGAAGAAGCUGAGAGGUAAGAUGUUAAUAUACCACAAUGACUUUAGUGUUGAUCAGGAUGGCAACUGGAUGCUGCAAGGAUGGAAGGGCCGAAUCAUCAAUGCUUCCUCUGCAUGGGUACCUGCAUAGGACUUGAACUUUCAGAAGAGGCGAGCAAUGAUGUUUGUGCUAUUGGAGGGCAACCUGGCCGCGGCAUAGAUGGGUUAGGUAGGAGUUAUGUUGCAUUUCAGUGUAAAAAAUAGGGGUUCAUGUGGUUUAUUUGGGUUGCAAUUGAUUUGCAUAUAUAGAAUACUUACCGCUAAUAACCAUAUUGUAUUCUAAUCCACCUUUUGAUUUCUUUGUACUAAUAAAAUUUUGCCUACAUAUUUUUUUAUA